AACGUGAUCACCAACGUAGGUAACGGCUACGACUUCGUGACGGGCGCCUUCACCGCGCCAUUCAGCGGCACCUACGCCUUGUUCCUGAACGUGCCCAUCAAAGACACAGACCCUGACCGCCUGUACCACGCCACUGUGGUCCUGAACCAUAACAAAAUCGUGGGGGAGAUAGAGAGCGGCAAAGCCAAUGGUCUGCACCCUUCCUCUGUCACUGUGAUACAAGAACUAAAAGCUGGUGACGUCAUCACCGUAGAGGUCGUUGAGGUCAAGCCUGGAGCUUCUAACGCCUCACCCCCGACCCUUAGCCGUUUGGCUGCCUAUUUCUCCGGAUUUCUUCUGCCCUGAUGGGUGAAGAGCUGGUGCUGGGAGUGAGGAGAAAUCGGAGAAGACUGGCUGUUCGUUAGAGUUUUACGGCACUUGCAACACAAUUAGGUCAUAGAAGUGACGAAUAUCAAAGAUGUUACUAGAUAGUAACUUGCAAAUAAAAAGGAGGAAAGAUAAGGACGAUAGGUGUUUUAUAGAAAAGAAAGAGCAAACCCCAUAAGAGAACCCGCCAAUCACCCGUACAUUUCCUGCUUUGCCACAACAAGUUAUAUACAAUUUAAUAUGUAUAGGUUAGCAUUUUCAGCAUAAAAAAUGACAUGCUUCAAGCUACAAACAGAAUUUAUUACCCACCAUUUUUUAAGAAAAGAAGAACGAAAUGGUGUAUGAAGACACAGUUGUGUUACAGUCAAAUAGAUAUUUGAUGCAUCGUGGUGAAAACAGGGGUUCGUCAAAAUACAUGUAAUGAAAUUAAAGAAAUCAACCAUUUUA